CCCUCAGUCGUCUCUCGUUCGCUUUCCUCACUCCGGGCCGGGCCCAGCCGGCGCCGCUGCUGCUUGGGGCUACCGGCCAAGAUGGCGGCCUUCGGCAUCCUGAGCUACGAGCACCGGCCACUGAAGCGGCCGCGGCUGGGCCCGCCCGAUGUCUACCCUCAGGACCCCAAACAGAAGGAGGACGAGCUGACCGCCCUGAACGUGAAGCAAGGCUUUAACAACCAGCCUGCCGUGUCCGGGGAUGAGCACGGCAGCGCCAAGAAUGUCAACUUCAAUCCGGCCAAGAUCAGCUCCAACUUCAGCAGCAUCAUCGCGGAGAAGCUUCGCUGUAAUACUCUCCCGGAUACAGGGCGCCGAAAGCCCCAGGUGAAUCAGAAAGAUAACUUUUGGCUGGUCACCGCUCGGUCCCAGAGUGCCAUCCACGCAUGGUUCACGGACUUGGCUGGCACCAAACCACUCACACACUUAGCCAAAAAGGUGCCCAUCUUUGGGAAGAAGGAGGAAGUGUUUGGCUAUUUGGCCAAGUACACGGUACCCGUGAUGAGGGCUGCCUGGCUCAUCAAGAUGACUUGUGCCUACUAUGCGGCAAUCACUGAGACCAAGGUCAAGAAGAAGCACGUCAUUGACCCCUUCAUGGAGUGGACCCAGAUCAUCACCAAGUAUCUGUGGGAGCAGCUGCAGAAGAUGGCCGAGUUCUACCGGCCAGGGCCUGGAAGCUGCGUUUCUGCCUCAGGGUCCCUCCCCCACGAGGUGGAGACAGCCCUUCGGCAGUGGGACUACAAUGAGAAGCUGGCCAUGUUCAUGUUCCAGGACGGGAUGCUGGACCGGCAUGAAUUCCUGACUUGGGUCCUUGAGUGUUUUGAGAAAAUCCGGCCUGGAGAGGAUGAGCUGCUUAAGCUCUUGCUGCCUCUGUUGCUGCGGUACUCAGGGGAGUUUGUUCAGUCUGCGUACCUCUCUCGACGGCUUGCCUAUUUUUGCACUCGGAGACUGGCCCUCCAGUUGGAUGGUGUGAGUGGCCACCCUGGCCACGUGCUCGCCACUCAGCCCGGCGGCACAUUGCCCCCGACUCCUGCUCCUCAACCCCCAGCUGGCAGCCAACCCUCCACACCUUUUGGGGAAUUGCUUCAGUGUCCCCAGCAUCGACCUCUGGUUUUUGGGCUCAGCUGCAUCCUUCAGAGCAUCCUACUCUGCUGCCCCAGCGCCCUCGUCUGGCACUACUCACUGACCGACAGCAGGAUUAAGACUGGCUCGCCUCUUGACCACCUGCCCAUCGCUCCCUCCAACUUGCCUAUGCCCGGUGGCAACUCAGCCUUCACUCAGCAGGUCCGGGCAAAGUUACGAGAAAUCGAACAGCAGAUCAAGGAACGGGGCCAGGCCGUUGAAGUUCGCUGGUCCUUUGAUAAAUGCCAAGAGACGACGGCAGGGUUCACCAUAGGCCGUGUGCUUCACACUUUGGAAGUGCUGGACAGCCACAGCUUUGAGCGUUCCGAUUUCAGCAACUCCCUGGACUCUUUGUGUAAUCGCAUCUUUGGAUUAGGGCCCAGUAAAGAUGGCCACGAGAUCUCCCCUGAUGACGAUGCUGUGGUAGCGCUUCUGUGUGAAUGGGCUGUCAGCUGCAAGCGUUCUGGCCGCCACCGGGCUAUGGUCGUCGCCAAGCUCUUGGAGAAGAGACAGGCCGAGAUCGAGGCAGAGCGCUGUGGAGAGACCGAGGCGGUGGACGAGAAGGGCUCCAUCUCGUCAGGCUCCCUGUCUGCCCCGACUGCUCCCAUCUUCCAGGAUGUCCUGCUGCAGUUCUUGGACACGCAGGCGCCCAUGCUGACUGAUCCGAGAAGCGAAAGCGAGAGAGUGGAGUUCUUCAACCUGGUGCUCCUGUUCUGUGAGCUGAUCCGCCAUGAUGUCUUCUCCCACAACAUCUACACCUGCACCCUCAUUUCCCGAGGCGACCUGGCCUUUGGAGCCCCGGGGCCCCGCCCACCCUCUCCCUUCGAUGACCCCCCGGAUGACCCUGAGCGGAAGGACACCGAAGGCAGUAGCAGCAGCAAGCUAGAGGAUCCCGGACUCUCCGAGUCUAUGGACAUCGACCCUGGAUCCAGCACACUCUUUGAGGACAUGGAGAAGCCCGACUUCCCAAUGUUCUCUCCUACAAUGCAUUGUGAGGGGAAAGGCAGCCCAUCCCCUGAGAAACCAGAUGGUGAAAAAGAGAUGAAACCACUACUAAAGGAGAAAGUGGAGGGCACCUUGGGCGUCCUCUAUGAGCAGCCACGCCACGUGCAGUAUGCUACCCACUUCCCCAUCCCCCAGGAGGAGUCAUGCAGCCACGAGUGCAACCAGCGACUGGUGGUCCUGUUCGGGGUGGGAAAGCAGAGAGAUGAUGCCCGCCAUGCCAUCAAGAAGAUUACCAAGGACAUCCUGAAAGUGCUGAAUCGCAAGGGCACGGCAGAGACGGGUGGGGAAGACGGGCAGAAGAGGAGACGGAGUCGGCCCGAAGCCUUCCCCACAGCGGAGGACAUCUUCUCCAAGUUUCAGCACCUGUCCCAUUAUGACCAGCACCAAGUCACGGCGCAGGUCUCCCGGAAUGUUCUGGAGCAGAUCACAAGCUUUGCCCUUGGCAUGUCAUACCACCUGCCCCUGGUACAGCACGUACAGUUCAUUUUCGACCUCAUGGAAUAUUCACUCAGCAUCAGUGGCCUCAUCGACUUUGCUAUCCAGUUGCUGAACGAACUGAGUGUGGUGGAGGCAGAACUGCUUCUCAAGUCCUCCGACCUCGUGGGCAGCUACACCACCAGCCUGUGCCUGUGUAUCGUAGCCGUGCUGAGGCACUACCACGCCUGCCUCAUCCUCAACCAGGACCAGAUGGCGCAGGUCUUCGAGGGCCUUUGCGGGGUGGUGAAGCACGGCAUGAACCGGUCAGAUGGCUCCUCUGCAGAGCGCUGCAUCCUAGCCUACCUAUAUGAUCUUUAUACCUCCUGCAGCCACCUAAAGAGCAAGUUUGGGGAGCUCUUCAGUGAUUUUUGCUCCAAGGUGAAGAACACCAUCUACUGCAACGUGGAGCCCUCAGAGUCAAACAUGCGGUGGGCCCCCGAGUUCAUGAUCGACACGCUGGAGAACCCAGCGGCACACACCUUCACCUACUAUACUGGGCUGGGCAAGAGCCUCAGCGAGAACCCUGCCAACAGAUACAGCUUUGUGUGCAAUGCUCUCAUGCAUGUCUGCGUGGGCCACCACGACCCCGACCGGGUGAACGACAUUGCCAUCCUGUGUGCCGAACUGACCGGUUACUGCAAGGCCCUGAGUGCCGAGUGGCUCGGGGUACUCAAGGCCUUGUGCUGCUCCUCUAAUAAUGGCACCUGUGGCUUCAAUGACCUCCUCUGCAAUGUGGAUGUCAGUGACCUGUCCUUUCACGACUCCCUCGCCACCUUUGUUGCCAUCCUCAUCGCCCGGCAGUGCCUGCUCCUAGAGGACCUCAUCCGCUGUGCAGCCAUCCCCUCACUGCUCAAUGCUGCUUGCAGUGAACAGGACUCCGAACCGGGUGCCCGCCUCACCUGCCGAAUCCUGCUUCAUCUUUUUAAGACGCCUCAACUCAACCCCUGCCAGGCCGAUGGCAACAAGCCCGCCGUCGGGAUCCGCUCCUCCUGCGAUCGGCACCUGUUGGCGGCCUCCCAGAACCGCAUCGUGGAUGGUGCUGUGUUUGCCGUGCUCAAGGCCGUGUUUGUGCUCGGAGACGCUGAGCUGAAGGGUUCGGGCUUCACCCUGGCAGGAGGGGCGGACGAGCUUCCCGAGGAGGAGGGCGGGGGUGGCCGGAGGCCCGGGGGUCGAAGCUUCUCGGUGGAGACGGCCAGUCUGGAUGUUUACGCCAAGUACGUCCUGCGCAGUAUCUGCCAGCAGGAGUGGGUAGGAGAACGCUGCCUCAAAUCCCUGUGUGAAGACAGUAAUGACCUCCAGGACCCCGUGCUGAGCAGCGCCCAGGCCCAGCGCCUCAUGCAGCUCAUCUGCUACCCGCAUCGGCUUCUGGACAACGAGGACGGGGACAACCCCCAGCGGCAACGCAUUAAGCGGAUUCUCCAGAAUCUGGACCAGUGGACCAUGCGGCAGUCCUCCUUGGAGCUGCAGCUCAUGAUCAAACAGACUCCCAACAAUGAGAUGAACUCCCUCCUGGAGAACAUUGCCAAGGCCACCAUUGAGGUUUUCCAGCAGUCGGCGGAGACGGGGGCAGCCGCAGGAGGCCCCGCCACCACGGUGCCCCCCAGCAACAACAAGGCUAAGCCUGUACUCAGGUGGGGGAAAAGCCUUUCGGGCCCCAGACCACCCCAGGAAGAUCCUGGCACGGCUGCCCGGGGGGGGGAGGGGGAUCCCUGCCGGCCCUGUGCGCCACAUUCCUCUCGCCCCGACCCACCGCAGCCAUAUCUGCCUUCCUCCCCCCGCCCCAGCUCCCUGGAGCGCUCCGGGGUGUGGCUAGUGGCCCCGCUCAUUGCCAAGCUGCCCACCUCCGUGCAAGGCCACGUGCUCAAAGCUGCUGGGGAAGAGUUGGAGAAGGGGCAGCACCUGGGCUCCUCCUCCCGAAAGGAACGGGACCGGCAGAAGCAGAAGAGCAUGUCUCUGCUGAGCCAGCAGCCCUUCUUGUCGCUGGUGCUGACUUGUCUGAAAGGGCAAGAUGAGCAGCGGGAGGGCCUCCUGACCUCCCUCUACAGCCAGGUGCACCAGAUCGUUAACAACUGGCGGGAUGACCAAUACUUGGAUAACUGCAAGCCCAAGCAGCUGAUGCAUGAGGCCCUGAAGCUGAGGCUUAACCUGGUCGGGGGCAUGUUUGACACGGUCCAGAGAAGCACCCAGCAGACAACUGAGUGGGCAGUCCUGCUCCUGGAGAUCAUCAUCAGCGGCACUGUGGAUAUGCAAUCCAACAACGAGCUCUUCACCACCGUGCUGGACAUGCUGAGCGUGCUGAUCAAUGGAACGCUGGCCGCGGACAUGUCCAGCAUCUCUCAGGGAAGCAUGGAGGAAAACAAACGGGCAUACAUGAAUUUGGUGAAGAAAUUACGGAAGGAGUUGGGGGAACGCCAGUCAGACAGUCUGGAGAAGGUCCGCCAGCUCCUGCCGCUGCCCAAGCAAACGCGGGACGUCAUCACCUGCGAGCCUCAGGGCUCCCUAAUUGACACCAAAGGCAAUAAGAUCGCCGGCUUUGAUUCCAUCUUCAAGAAGGAGGGCCUCCAAGUCUCCACCAAGCAGAAGAUCUCACCCUGGGAUCUCUUUGAAGGACUGAAACCCUCAGCCCCUCUGUCCUGGGGCUGGUUCGGGACAGUGCGUGUGGACCGGCGGGUGGCAAGGGGGGAGGAGCAGCAGCGCCUCUUGCUCUACCAUACCCACCUUCGACCUCGGCCCCGGUCCUACUACUUGGAGCCAUUGCCACUGCCCCCAGAGGAUGAGGAGCCACCUGCCCCGGUCCUCCUGGAGCCAGACAAGAAGGCCCCUGAGCCCCCCAAGCCUGACAAGACUGGGCCGGCUCCCCCCAGCACAGAGGAGCGCAAGAAGAAGCCCCCCAAGAGCAAGAAGCGUCCUCAGGCAGCCAACAAGACUGAGGACUACGGGCUGGGCCCAGGACGCAGCGGCUCCUACGUUCCGGUACCUACUGAUCUCCUGCAUCACGCCCCCGGGAGCUCCAUCUCUCGCUUUGGCUACCCUCAGACACCCGUGACACUCUACACCCAGAACCAACCUCUGCCUGCGGGGGGCCCUCGCCUGGAUACCACAUAUCGUCCAGUAAGGAUGCCAGUACCCAAGCUCCAGACCCGGCCAUCAUACUCGGGGGUGUUGCCUUCACCCAUAACUGGGGUCAUCAGCAUCGACCCUUCCUACAAGACACCUGUGUACAGGCAACAGCAGCCUCCGGUGCCGCAGGGCCAACUCCUACGUCAGCAACUCCAGGCCAAGCUGAGUCAGGGGAUGUUAGGCCAGCCACCCGUUCGCCAGAUGACCCCGAAUUCCUCCUAUGGCUCACUGCAGGCCUCCCAGGGGUACACUCCCUAUGGUUCCCACAUCGGACUGCAGCAGCACACCGGGCCGGCAGGCACGAUGGUGCCCCCCAGCUACUCCAGCCAGCCCUAUCAGAGCCCUCAUCCUGCUGCCAACCCCACUCUCGUGGACCCUGCCCGCCACCUCCAGCAGAGGCCCAGUGGCUAUGUGCACCAGCAGGCCCCAGGCUAUGGGCACGGACUGCCCACCACUCAAAGGUUUGCCCACCAGUCACUACAGCAAACAUCUAUGAUGGGGACCAUGACCCCCUUGAGUGCUCAGGGGGUCCCCACUGGGGUCCGGCCCAGCCCCAUCCUGCCUGAGCAGCAGCAGCAGCAACAGCAACAGCAGCAGCAGCAACAGCAACAGCAGCAGCAACAGCAACAACAGCAGCAACAGCAGCAGCAGUACCACAUUCGGCAGCAGCAGCAGCAGCAGCAGAUACUGAGGCAGCAGCAGCAGCAGCAGCAGCAGCAGCAACAGCAACAGCAGCAGCAGCAGCAGCAACAGCAGCAGGCUGCACCCCCGCCGCCCCAGCCGCAGCCGCAGCCCCAGGUAGCCGCCGUGCCACAGCCCCAGGCUCAGGGACAGCCGCCCGGGCUGGGCAUGCAGCCCAUUUUCCAGCGGCAGGGCCUCCAGCAGACCCAGCAGCAGCAGCAGACGGCGGCACUGGUCCGACAACUGCAGCAGCAGCUCUCCAAUACCCAGCCUCAGCCCAACACCAACAUGUUUGGACGCUACUAAGCCAUCCGAAGAGCUGCCCCCAGAGCUGCCCGCCCUGCCCUGGCCCCUUCCUCGGCCUCCAUUUUUAAUGAGUUUUUAGUAUUUUUGUUAAGAUGAGGCUGCCGCACUGUCAGGUUUUGUACGCUAUUUAUACAGACAUCCGGGGCUGGCUCAGCACCCAAUACACAGCGCCUCUUUGCAAA